GUGUUCAUUUCAGGAAGAAGCAGCUUUAACGUUUCAUCCACAGUUGCUGGCUCAGUCUCUGACGUUACAACAUUGAUCAAACAUUUCGAAACAUCUGCUCGUAAGCCAAAUCACAUUGUCUAUGUAGUCAGUUACCGCCCGGACUAACCAACCGUCUAUCCCGGUUUGAGACCUAAGAAUAUGGACUGGACAGUGAGCAAUCAGACUCUGGUGUGCUGCAUUUUAACGUUGCUUUGCUACGCUGGUCUCCCACUUAAGGGGGUUUGCAGUGCCAGCACAGUUUCCCUUCCUGAAAGCUUGCUGUUUGUGUCUACCUUGGAUGGAAACUUGCAUGCCGUCAGCAAGAAAUCUGGCUCUAUCAAAUGGACUCUGAAAGAAGAUCCAGUUCUUCAGGUCCCCACACAUGUAGCAGAGCCUGCAUUUCUGCCUGACCCCAAUGAUGGCAGUCUGUACUCUCUGGGAGGAAAGAACAACGAAGGCCUCACAAAAUUACCGUUCACUAUCCCUGAGUUGGUCCAGGCCUCCCCCUGUCGCAGCUCUGAUGGAAUCCUUUACAUGGGUAAGAAGCAGGACUUGUGGUAUGUGGUUGACUUGUUGACUGGUGAGAAACAACAGACUCUGACUUCCUCCUUUGCUGAGAUGCUGUGUCCCUCUUCAUCUCUUCUCUAUCUGGGACGCACAGAGUACACCAUCACCAUGUAUGACACCAAGAGCAGAGAGCUUCGCUGGAAUGCCACCUACUCAGACUACGCCUCCACCCUUCCUGAUGAUGACACCAAAUAUAAGAUGGCUCAUUUUGUGUCCAAUGGCGACGGACUUGUGGUGACUGUAGACAGCGAAACUGGAGACGUUCAGUGGGUCCAGAACUACAACUCUCCAGUGGUGGCAAUGUAUAUCUGGCAGCGCGAGGGUCUCCGUAAAGUUCCCCAUACUAAUGUGGCUGUGGAAACCCUGCGGUACCUCACUUUCAUGUCUGGAGAGGUUGGCCGCAUCACUCAGUGGAAAUAUCCAUUUCCAAAGGAGAAGAAGCCCAAGAACAAAUUCAUGGCCACUUUAUAUGUGGGCAAAUACUCCACAAGCCUGUAUGCAUCUCCCUCUCUGGUGCAUGAUGGUGUUACUGUUGUGCCUCGUGGCAGCACCUUCCCCCUGCUGGAAGGCCCUGAUAGCCAAGAGACAGAAGAGGACAAGGAGUGUGUCAUCACACCAAGCACAAGUGUGAAAUUCAACGCUGCUCUCCGAGAGCGAAACCGGAUCAACUAUAUGAGGAACUACCUGCUUCUCAUAGGUCAUCAUGAAACGCCCCCCGAAGCUCACACCAAGAUUCUGGAGAAGUUUCCUGACAGCUUCCCUCGCAAUCAAGGCAACGUCAUCCCACCUACUACUGACAAGAAAGUAGAAGAGAAGGUCAAUGAUAGCGGUAUGGAUGAUGGGCCACCUUCAGCUGUGCCUGAAACAUCGAUCCAAGAACCUGGAACAAGUGGUCGCAUUGUGCGUCCAGAGGCUCUUGUGGAUUCGAUGCUCAAAGACAUGGCCACCAUUAUCUUCUCCACUUUCCUCCUUGCUGGCUGGCUGGCCUUUGUUAUUAUCUACCCCAAAAGUGUGCAUAAACAGCAGCAGCUGCAGCACCAGGAGUUCCAGAGACAGAUGGAGGAGAGGUUGGAGCUGCUCCAGAGGCAGCAGCCCUUCUCCGCUGCAGAUGUGGGCCUGGGCUUAGCUUCAGACAGCGACUUCCUGGAGGUGGCUCGCACUCGCUCGGAUUGCUCAGACCACAGCAGCCCCAAUGUCACCCCCCGCGCAUCCAACCACUCCAAUAUGUCUGUGUCAGAACUGGGGAGCUUGACCAAUGAGCAUGAAGAUGGAGAAGAGGAGUCCAGUAUUGUCCGAGUGGGCAACAUAACUUUCCAUCCCAAACAGGUCUUGGGGCAUGGUGCUGAAGGAACCAUUGUGUACAAGGGCCAGUUUGACAACCGUCCAGUGGCAGUGAAGAGAAUCCUCCCAGAGUGCUUCAGCUUUGCAGACCGAGAGGUUCAGCUGCUGAGGGAGUCUGAUGAGCACCCAAAUGUCAUCCGAUACUUCUGUACUGAGAGGGACCGUCAGUUCCAGUACAUUGCCAUCGAGCUGUGUGCUGCCUCUCUUCAGGAGUAUGUGGAAAAAAAGGAUUUCAAUCGUCAUGGACUUGAACCUGUGAUGCUUCUUCAGCAGACCAUGUCAGGACUGACCCAUCUACACUCUCUCAAUAUUGUCCACAGAGACCUGAAACCCCACAACAUUCUUGUGUCCAUGCCAAACGCCCACGGCCGGGUCCGGGCUAUGAUUUCCGACUUUGGUCUGUGUAAGAAGCUCGCAGUGGGUCGCCACAGUUUCAGUAGAAGGUCUGGAGUUCCAGGCACAGAGGGCUGGAUCGCUCCAGAGGUUCUCAGUGAGGACUGUAAACACAAUCCGACCUGCGCAGUUGACAUCUUCUCUGCUGGUUGUGUCUUCUACUACGUGGUGUCGCAGGGAAGCCAUCCUUUUGGCAAGUCUCUGCAGAGGCAAGCAAAUAUUCUACUGGGCACCUACAGCCUCGACUAUCUGCAGAGUGACAAACAUGGGGAUAUUGUAGCCAGAGAUCUAAUAGAGCAGAUGUUGAGCAUGGAUCCCCACAGACGGCCUUCAGCUGAAAGUGUUCUCAAACAUCCUUUCUUCUGGAGUCUGGAGAAAGAGCUGCAGUUCUUUCAGGAUGUGAGUGACAGAAUAGAAAAGGAGCCUUUGGACGGACCAAUUGUAAGACAGCUAGAGCGAGGUGGGAGGGCUGUUGUCAAGAGCGACUGGAGAGAGCACAUCACUGUUCCACUGCAGACAGAUCUGCGGAAAUUUCGUUCGUAUAAGGGUGGGUCAGUCAGAGACCUGCUGCGUGCGAUGAGAAACAAGAAACAUCAUUACAGAGAGUUGCCUGCUGAGGUGCAGGAGACUCUGGGCUCCAUCCCUGAUGACUUUGUCUCCUACUUUACGUCCCGCUUUCCUCACCUACUGAUGCACACCUAUCUGGCCAUGCGGACCUGUGCUCCUGAGAGGCCAUUCCUGCCUUAUUACUCUGCUGCAGUGCAGCUUUCCAAAACGCAUACCCAGUGUGUUCAUGGGCCACAAAGACUAAAUGAACCAUGUUCUCAACACCUGCCAACACAUGCAUCACAAUCUCCGUUACAGCCGCAGGAACCUUCACAUUCAUUCCCUUCUGUUCAGAUCUGUAGCACAGCAAUUGCUGAAUCAGCACUGUCAUCACCAGAUGAGCCUGUAUCUUCACAGUUUCCAGUUCAGACAGUAGAGCCCGUACUGCCAACACAGAUCGACUUGAACCCUACAUUUGCCUCAGAAUUGCCUACAGUUCCUCUCAGGCAAAGAGAGUCCUGUCAGCCUGACGUGCCCACACUGUCUGAUACUCCUACACUGGACAAGAAACUGGUGUGAACUGAAUCACAGUUAGGUGGACCCAGCAAAAAUGGGAGCAUUGCCUUAAACAGUGGAAAACAUUUGGGAGUAAGUUGCUGUGCCCCGAGCUGGUGAGGACCAGGCCUGCAGUGCCUGGGAUCCACUGCAAGACACAGCAGCUAAAUAAAAGUGCCUUCUGCUGACCUGGCUAAAAAUGAUCCCCAACACAAGUCUGUCCACAAGUGUCUCUGCUGAGAAGAAGUCGCAUAGCCAACAGGAUGCUUUUGUAUGUUUUCUUGUAGCUGGACUGAGCAAAGAAAUGCUUUUAAUUUUAUUACACCUUGUCCAAAAAAGUGUUUGUCCAAAAAAUGUCUGGUGUCCGUUGUGGGAAAGGUUUCCAGAUGUUGUGGAACAUUUGGGUAGUUUUAUUGUGCAAUGUUGUGUAUUUUUCAGUGAGUAUUUGCUGCACAGAUACUGUAAGCAUAGUUUUGUACAGACUGAUUCAGAAUUUGGAUCAUAAAUCACUUAAUGUGGCCCAUGUGCCUUUUUAAAUGGAAACAUCACUGUGCUCUUUGGUACAGAUCUUUAAAAUAGACUAUGCUAAAUGUGCUUGAUUCCAAUUAAUGCUGCUAGACUACUUCUCUUUUGUAAAUCAAAACUAUUGUGCUGACUCAGUGAGGGUGGACCGCUCCAAAGGGUGUUCAGGGUGGCAUCUGAAUACAAUAAGUAAUUUAAUCUUAAUGUUUUUGGUCAAAUAUGAGUUUAGAAGUCAAGCCACAGAAUGCUCAUGUAUAUUAACUUUUUAAAGGUGUCAAAGUGAAGUUAAUGAAUUGCACAUUAAAUUCUAUUAUUUUGUUUUCUACUAA